CCUCUGUACUGUAUUCUACAGUCAAUAUAGGGCUAUCAACAAUAAUCUAUUCCACUCUCUCUCAUCACACCUGAGCGAGCAGCGUUGGGGGAUGUCCACGCAUGCGCACCACUCUCCCUACGCACUCGCGCUCAACCGGUGUCGGGAGAAGCUCGUGCCAGUUCUACGGGUAGGUCCGUGGGAGAGGUCUGCUCUGUGGACACUGGCAAAGGAUCCGUUUCUUCACCUGCUAUACCGAACUCCAUUCUCCUCGGUUUGACUAGGAAUAUAUCUGCGUGUGCAUGCCCCGUUUUUAACGCUGGGAUGCAUGUGAUGAGCAGAAUCUCUCCAGCCAAUGAGAAAAGAGUUUCCAGGAAGUGGAUGCGGUUGAAGUUAUGUCUCUGCCCCCUGCCUCUACAAUUCCCAUCCCUGAUGGCAACAAGACAGGACCUCCUCUCCCUCCUCCUCCUCUCCCUCCUCCUCCUCCUCCUCCCCCCUGCGGCCCUCCUCCCCCGCCCCCUCCACCCGGUGCGGUCGACCCCAUAGGUGGGAUAAAGAAGAGGCGGGUCCGGAGUUUCUUCUGGAAACCCAUACCUGAAGACCAGGUGAAAGGGCGGACCAACCUGUGGACACAGCUUCCUGUGCAGCAGCAGUACUACAUAGACGUCCAGACCAUCGAGGAGCUGUUUAGUCAGACGGACUGUCAAUCAUCUGGGGUUACCUCUGUGACGAGGGGGGGGAAGGCCCGAGGCUCCCUCAGAGAGACCAAAGAUGAGAUCAGUAUCCUGGACUGGAAGAGAGGGAUGAAUGUGGGAAUUUACCUCAAACAGUUCAAGAAGUCCAACCAGGACAUAAUAGAGGAUAUUCGCUAUGGCAACAGUCAGUCCUACGGAGCGGAGCUUCUUAAAGAGCUGCUCAAACUACUACCUGAGACCGAAGAGGUGAAGAAACUUAAAGCGUUCCGAGGCGACCCCUCUAAACUCUCAUUGGCCGAUUCCUUCAUGUUCCUGCUCACCCAAGUGCCCAGUUUUGAGGUGCGUAUCAAGGCCAUGGUACUUAGAGAAGUGUUCCCCCCAGCCUGUGAGAACAUGAGUCGCGACAUCAAUGUCCUACGAACCGCCACAAAAGAGCUCCUAGACUGUGAGGAACUUCAUGCCAUCCUACACCUGGUGCUGCAGGCCGGAAACAUCCUCAACGCUGGUGGUUAUGCUGGUAACGCUGUGGGUUUCAAGCUGUCCUCUCUCCUGUCUCUGGCUGAUACCAAGGCCAAUAAACCUGGCAUGAACCUGCUGCACUUUGUAGCUCUGGAAGCACAGAAGAAGGAUGAUAAACUUCUAGAGUUUCCUGGAAAACUUCAGCAUGUCCAGUAUGCAGCACGGAUAUCAGUGGAGAACGUGGAUGCAGAGUUCCAAUCGCUGUCAUCUCGCACACGCUCAGUGGAGGAGAGCAUCCAGGAAGAGACGGAGCUGCUGCUACAGCUGGACCACUUCCUACAGAAUUCGACAGCAGCCCUGGCUGAGUUGCAAAGGGAGAGACAGGAGUUGAGGAACGAAGGGAACAUUCUGAUUGACUUCUUCUGCGAAGACAGAGAGUCCUUCAGGCUGGACGAGUGUUUCAAAGUGUUCCAAGACUUCUGCCUGAAAUUCCAGAAAGCAGUCAAGGACAACCUGGAGCGUGAGCUGAAGGAGGCGUCUCAUCGUCGGAUACAGGAGCUCGAGGAGAAACGGCAGUCGUUGGCGAGCGGGGAGGAGGUGGGCGGGGUCUUCGGAAUGCGCAGCAGCAGCGGCAGCGAGACGGACAUAGAGGUGGCCCUAUCCCAGGAGGAGGGGCUUAUCGAGCUUCUCAAGUCCCGCCCAUGCUCGCCGCACAGCCCCCAGAUUGCACUGGGGCGUUCCGGAAGCGUCCGCCGUUCUCGCGGCUCUGCGUCCGCCGCGGCUGACCGUCAACUGACUAGCCUGCUAACUCUCGCCAUCACCUCUGACCUUCAGGUCGUAGGGGGGUCACCGAAUCCCGGGAGGCGACUAUGGAGGGGGGCCGAGCAGCGGGAUUCCUCCCCCAUGAGGUCACCUGAAACUGGGCUGAGGAUUCCCAACUACUCCCCUCUGACCAGACUUCAGACCCAGGGACCUGCGGGUCACACUCAACCCCAGAACCAGCACCCUCAGGUGGACUGGUCUGGUCCCCCCUCCUCUAUACCCACCUCCUUAGGACCGAGGCAUCAACCUCAACCUGGCAUCAACUCAAAUCACAGCCCUCAGACAGCAACCAUUGACCACAAACCUAGCACAGACCUGAACCCGACCUCUGACCCUGACAACAACCACAACCAACCCAGUGGUCUGACUGUCAACCUUGAACGACACACUCUGGUUCCUGAGCUCCGAGCGUUCGACCUCGUCUUGACCCCUCACGGUCACGACCAGGGAGAUGUCGUCACCGACACAGACCUGGAGAAGGAGAUUCCCAGAGACUCUAUCCUCACGGAUACACAGGAGAAUUCCCAAGGGAGUUCUGAGGGGUGGGAACAGAGGGAGGAAGAGGUGGAUGAGAAGGGGAGGAUGGUGGCUGCAGGGAUAGUGAAUGAGGAGCCCGCUGUGGAUGACGCAGAGGAGGAGAGGGGAGAACAGGAGGAGGAGAGGGGAGAACAGGAGGAGGAGGAGAGGGGAGAACAGGAGGAGGAGGAGAGGGGAGAACAGGAGGAGGAGGAGAGGGGAGAACAGGAGGAGGAGGAGGGGGGAGCAACAGGAGGAGGAGAGGGGAGAACAGGAGGAGGAGGAGAGGCUAUUUCAGACCUCUCCUCACACGCACAGAGCGGUGAAAACCCCACACACGCCGACGAGGCUGAGAGUCCAACACACCAGGUGUCCGCUUCUUCUAUGGGGGAGUCUCCAGCCAAUAGCAAGUCUUCAGAAUCUCAACCCACCAAUGAGUACUCAGUGCCUGUUUCCUCCGAUGAGUCGUCGGUUCCAGCAGUGUCUACCUCCACCAAUGGGCUGCCUGCGUCAGUCACCGCUGGUGCCUCUGAUAGGUCGGCCCAGGGUACGAAUCCCACGACCAGUCAGGUCUCUAAGCCUUCCAGACCCCCCUCUGCCACCACCACCAGUGGGCGAAAAACUGUCAUCCGCACCCUCAACUCCUCAGAGAACCAGGGCAUGAGACGUGUGGUCCCUAUCUUCAAGGCCAGUCGACGUGGCUCGAUCCCGGGUAAACAGGUGGAGAAACCCCCUGGCCACCAGAGCUCUGGUCCACGGACCACCACCACCUCCUCCUCUAACCCAGCCAACCGCUCUCUUAGACGGGCAGAGAGGAGCUCCGCCACACCCCGUCGCAGUAGCCUCCAGGUCGACGACCCCAAGGCCAAGUCUGUGACCACCACGGGUGUCCACGGCAGUGCCCGAGACCAACCCCAACCUUCCGCCCUCCAGAGGAAGCCGUCCUUCCGAAAGCCUCUCCGCCCCGUCGCCCCCAGACCGCCUCCAGAGGAAAAGAUGUGCCGUUCCACCCUCCGAGCCCUCGCCGCCGCCGGUGGGGCUGUUCCAACAGCGGGGGGUGGAGGAGGCAACAGCCUCAGUGCCCCCCCGACCCCCUCCCACCGUGGAGGUGUCUCCAACCCCACCCCCCUCCCUGGAUUUGCCCGAAACACAGCCGCUUCCUCUUUCAGACGGACCACUCUCCCCCCCCCGGGGAGUACCCUCGCCCCCUCUAAAAACUCCCCCCGUUCCUCCCCUGUCCCCUCUCCCGGACCCUCACCCCUCAGCCGGGCGGGGUCGUUGAGACACCACAGGGUGGCCCCCGCGGGCCCCCCAGGCACAGACAACCCCAUCAGGAGAACACAAAGUAUCAAGGGACCCCUGCGUGCCCCGAUCCCCAACCCCCUGCCCCCACAGACCCUCCCUGACUCGCUGGCGCAGCCUAAAGGGCAUGCUGGGAAAAACAGCAGCAGUUUCCCUGACAAGUCCACCCACCUCAGAGACUCCAGCAAAGCACUGAAACCCACCUGGAGAUAG